UUUGGAACGUGUUAUAACGUACUGUUUUUUCUUUUCUAGAAGGGAGAGUUGCAUAUGUGGUGUGGCUGACUCGCCAUUGGAUGCGUUUCAUAUUAUUGCUGUUUGUAGUUUUUUGUCAAAAUUACGUGAGGACACAUUUGGGGUUCCCUGUUUUUCAUUUAAUCAGUUUAAAAAAGUUAUUUCUGAUUUUGAUUUAUUUUUUAAGACUUAAAGCGCAAGUCGUGAUUAUUUAUGUAAAUUUUGUCUUGGGGCGUGGUCUGCCUAUUACUGUAUUUAAUCCUGUGGUUGUUUGGACUGCUUGGGAGACUAUCCGACUUUUUUGGAACGUGUUAUAACGUACUGUUUUUUCUUUUCUAGGUAAGUUUUGUUUAUAAAUAUGUCCCAGGCUCGGAAGCGGAAGACAUUUUCUCCAACCGUUCCGGAAAGAGCAACAGCUAGGUUUAGGGGUGAGACUUCUGCUGGUGAAGAGGAUAUUGCGAAUUUAUUACAGGAUUCUAAUUUUGAUGUGGCAGAGGGAGUUAGGCUUCUAUUGCGAUUGCAUGUCUCGUUGAAUGGUAAGGUGGAUGAAUUUAUUAGAAGACUGGAUCACUUGACAGAGUGGCUCAAGAAUGUAGAUGAGGCGUUGAUUGAUUUUGAGGUGAGGUUGGGGGAGGUUGAAGCAAAGGUUGGAGGGGAUGUGAUCGGUGUCGGACAUUCGGGGGAUAUGGAUAAAAUUCUUACGAAAUUGUCCUUUUUUGAGAGGGAACUGGAUGCGAUGGACAAUCAGAGAAGGAUGAACAAUGUGGUUAUUCACGGAUUGGAAGAGAGGAAAGAGGAGUCGUCUCUGGAAAUAUUUGAUACUGUUAGUUCUUUUGCGGUUAAUACUUUGAAUUUAUCCGCGUUACAUUUUGUAAAUGUGCAUCGGAUUGGGAAAAGAAUUGGAGAUAAACCUAGACCAGUGAUUUGUCAAUUUGGGUCUUUUAGUGAUAAAUUAAAAUUUAAAAAGGCUGUAUUUGAAAAUCGGAAUCUUAAUGUUGCUGUGUAUGAUGAUUUUUCUAAACGUUUAAGGGAUAUUAGAUACAACCUAAGGAUUUUUGGAAAGAAAAAAAGGGAAGGAGCAAGGAAUGUUCGGUUAAGCUAUGAUAAGUUAUUGGUAGAUGGAAUUUAAAGGAGCACAUGUAUGACAUUAGUAAAGGGAACAACAACACUAUCUUGGCAAUCACGGCACAAUCGGACGGAGCAAAUCUUAAGUGGGACGAUGCAAGGAUAGUUAGAUCGGUCCAUUCUCCGACUAUCGCGUUUGGCAUAGAAAAAAUGCAGACACAUAAGAGUAAAAUAAAUAACAAUUGCUUAAACGCAAAAGAUGCUAAUGCUCUUCCAACGGCAUGGAAAUACUUGUUAGAAAAAGAAAUGGGAAUAAAAAACCCGUAAACUUACGGAGGAUAUAUUUUACUAGUUUAAUGUAUAUUUUUUGUUAUACUCUUGGUUUUAUUAUUUUCUAUAUAUGUUACUAAUAUUUCUUCUUCUUUCAGGUACGGACGGAUAAUUGCGGGCCUAGGAAGUCGUCCGACGGGUCCGGCUUAUAAUCGGGCAACCGCCGAAACUUACAUUUUGUGGCAAUUACGAACCCGAAGCCCCGUCCACCAAUCGGUGGAUAGGGCUUUGGGUGCGCGAUUUAAUGGGAAGGACAAAACCAACGAACGUUACCCGAAAUAGCCUCCCCGGCGGAAAGAUCUUAACGCCAGAAUAAGUGUAUUUUGCCCGUCGGUUUUGUCUCCUCCCGGGAAAGAUUAAGAAAAACAUCGGAAAGUAUCGAAGUACCGUACGGUACGUACCGGAGGCACGAACGGAUGCCUAGAACCGUAGGAAAAUCUUUCCGUUUAGGCCAUAUUUGUAAUUAUAGUAGAAUAUAAUCGUCGACCUUAUUACGGCCGUAAAAAGUAAUUACCACCGGCGGAGUCUGGGCCAAGUCCGAAAUAUUCCGCCCCUCUUCCGGCUAAAGCUUAGUUCACGGCGAGCGAAUAGCGAAAGCGAGUUUUAUUCGCUUAGCGAAAUCGACCCAUACGACCGAAUGCGAAAAGCCAUCGCAAAUUUUAAGGAGCCAAUCGUGCCAGCGAGAGAAACAAAAUGGCCGCUUCCGAUAUUUCGUCGUUAAUCGCGCGUUUAUUUAUUGAGGAAAAGAUAAAUCGAUGCCGCGUGAGGGGAAUAUUAAAAAUCCGUAUUUGCAACAUUUACUCUAUUGCGUGAGAAAGUUUCUGUAGCCAUGGCCAAAACAACGACAACCGCGCGACAACUAGCGGAAAUACGAUUGGUGGCGAAAAAGCUCGACCGUUCCGAACUUGGAAGCGAUUCGCCGGAAACGACGUCAAGUGUGACGCGUUAUUCGUUUUCGCCAGCGAAUCGCCGCCGCCG